CACAGCGGCACACCCGCUGCACGCAGCAGCUGCUCUGUCUCCCGCACAGCGGAAGUACAGCCAGUACCACCUACUCCUUGCCGCGGAGGAGUCUUACAGGCUGCCCGCUUGCUGGCUGUAGCCCAAAGCAUACGCGUGAGGCUGCUCAUUGUCAUCCAGGGUCCUCGCCGCGGCCCCUCUAAGCUCCAUGACGAUGCUGCUGCUGCUGCGAAAGCCUUGUCGGAUUGCCAUGGCGACGGUGAUCCUUCUCGCGCCAGAAACAGGCGCCUUCUAUACGGUGACACCACCAACCGCCACCACCACCAACAGCGCGACCUCGGUGCUCUCAAGACCAUCAGCGGCAACCCAGUAGAGGCAUCCUAUUUGCAGCACCUGCCGCCGGCGCUCAUUGGCUCCACUGCGCAUGGCGGCAUCAUCGGAUGCUGCUGCUGCUGCUGGGGGUGAUGAUGAUCUACGAGGCAUCGGGAAGGGGAUAGCGGUGACACUCGGACAGCAUGGGUGCACGGUCUACGUUACGGGCCGAUCUGUUGGGGGCAAUACAAAGGACAAGGCAAGUCGCUCUGGGGUGUCAAGAAAAGGAAUGAGCGUUCUUUCGCAUGAUUAUUUUUACACUCGUCGUGGGUCUUCGGUGUACAGAAAGCAUACAUACAAUAUUCCAAGGUUCGGUUCUGUAGGGUACGGGUAAUGUCUGUGGGGUAUUGGAUCUGUUACAGAACCGGAGGGUAAUCUCUGUAGGGUACGGGAUGUGCUACAGAACUCACAGAAGUGUAGGGUAUUGUGGCAUGACCGUCACAGAACUCACAGAAGUGUUGGGGUAUUGUAUACAGAACAAGAGGGUAAUCUCUGUGGGGUAUCGGGUGUGCUACAGAACUCACAGAAGUGUAGGGUAUUGUGGUGCAACCGUCACAGAACUCACAGAAGUGUAGGGUAUUGCGGCACGACCGUCACAGAACCCACAGAAGUGUUAGGGUAUUGUAUACAGACCAAGAGGGUAAUCUCUGUGGGGUACCGUGUGUGCUACAGAACUCACAGAAGUGUAGGGUGCCGUGGUGCAACCGUCACAGAACUCACAGGGUAGGCUCUGUAGGGUAUCUGUAGGGUAACUACAGACGGUCAUUACCCUCGGUACCCGCGCGAGUCUCUGUAUUUGCACACUGCUGUUUGCCUUCGUUCGACUCGGUUUCAAGGUACUAAACCAAGACUUGAAAACAUGAAGCGUGCUUGCGUACGGCCCCUAUAUAUCCCAGUCCUCAACUUCCCAGGUGACAGCGGAGGACUACUGCCUAAAAAAAAACAUAAACAUAAACAAAAAGCAUUUCACGUUUAGACUAUGUUACGUUUUCCUCUACCCUCUCCACUUCCCAGAGGGGGAAAAACCUGCACGACGAAAAAAAGAUCAAGACUGAAAACCUGAGUGCAAAGGAUUUCGUGGUGCGCCCCCACGACUACUCCUCGCCAGCAGGCAAGGGGCAAACUCCGUUCCCAUCCGACUUUUUCCCAACACAACAGCAGUAGCGAGAAGCAAAGAGGGGUCUCUCCUGAACCCCCCCCCCCCCGACAGUCAGUCUACACGCCAAUGUCGUUCGCGGUGUUGUUC